AGCAAUUACCUCAGUACCUAAACUAGUUCACAUUCUAGGGGCCGUAAAUGAUGAAACAACAUCUAAUGUACAUUCACCAAAAAGUUGUAAAGAAACUGAAAUAUCUACAAUGGAAAUUGACCCAAAAACGACAUCAGCAUCAAUUUCUGCAUCAGUUACCUCAGUACCUGAACUAGUUCACAUUCUAGGGGCUGUAAAUGAUGACACAACAUCUAAUGUACAUUCACCAGAAAAUUGUACAGAAACGGAAAUAUCUACAAUAGAAAGUGAACCAAAAACCACAUCAGCAUCAAUUUCUGCUGCAGUUACCCCAGUACCUGAACCAGUUCAUAUUCAAGGGGCAGUAAAUGAUGACACAUCUACAGUACAUUCAACAGAAAGUUGCACAGGUAUUGAGAUAUCUACAGUGGAAAGUGGACCAAGCACGACAUUCCUAUCAAAUUCUGCAGAAACAACCCCACUAACUCAACCAGCUAUUAUUCUAGAUACACCAAAUUAUGAUACAACCUCUGCAGUUCAUUCAGCAGAAAAUUGUAUAGGAACAGACAUGUCUACUAUAGAAAGUGAGCCAAAAACGACAUCAGCAUCAAUUUCUGAAGCAGUUACCUCAGUACCUGAACCAUUUCAUAAUCUACGGGCAGUAAAUGAUGAUACAACCGCUUUAGUUCAUUCACCAGAAAACUGUGCCGGAACUGAAAUAAUUACAAUGGAAAGUGAACGAAAAAAUACGUCAGCAUCAAUUUCUGCUGCAGUUACCCAAGUACCUGAACCAGUUCAUAUUCUAGGGGCAGAACAUUAUACAACAUCUACAGUACCUUCAACAGAAAGUUGCACAGGUAGUGAGAUAUCUACAAUGGACACUGAACCAAGAACCACAUCAGCGUCAACUUUUGCAGCAGUUACCUCAGUACCUGAAACAAUUCAUAUUCUAGGGGUAGUAAAUGAUGACACAAUAUCUGCAGUACAUUCAACAGAACGUUGCACAGGUAUUGAGAUAUCUACAGUGGAAAGUGUACCAAGAACCACAUUCCUAUCAAAUUCUGCAGAAACAACCCCCAUAACUGAACCAGCUAUUAUUCUAGAUACACCAAAUUAUGAUACCACCUCUGCAGUUCAUUCACCAGAAAAUUGUACAGGAACUGACAUAUCUUCUAUAGAACGUGACCCAAAAACAACAUCAGCAUCAAUUUCUGCAACAGUUACCCCAGUACCUGAAAUAGUUCACAUUCAAGGGGCCCUAAAUGAUGAAACAACAUCUAAUGUACAUUCACCAGAAAAUUGUACAGGAACUGAAAUAUCUACAAUGGAAAGUGAACUAAAAACUACAUCAGCAUCAAUUUCUGCUGCAGUUACCCAAGUACCUGAACCAGUUCAUAUUCAAGGGGCAGUUAAUGAUGCACCAACAUCUACAGUACCUUCAACACAAAGUUACACAGGUAGUGAGAUAUCUUCAACAGAAACUGAACUUAGAACCACAUCAGCUUCAACUUUUGCAGCAGUUACCUCAGUACCUGAUCUAAUUCAUAUACUUGAGGCAGUAAAUGAUGACACAACAUCUACAGUACAUUCAACAGAAAGUUGCACAGGUAAUGAGAUAUCUACAAUGGACACUGAACCAAGAACCACAUCAGCGUCAACUUUUGCAGCAAUUACCUCAGUACCUAAACUAGUUCACAUUCUAGGGGCCGUAAAUGAUGAAACAACAUCUAAUGUACAUUCACCAAAAAGUUGUACAGGAACAGAAAUAUCUACAAUGGAAAGUGACCCAAAAACGACAUCAGCAUCAAUUUCUGCAUCAGUUACCUCAGUACCUGAAGCAGUUAACAUUCUAGGGGCUGUAAAUGAUGAAACAAUAUCUAAUGUGCAUUCACCAGAAAAUUGUACAGGAACUGAAAUAUCUACAAUGGAAAGUAAACCCAAAACCACAUCAGCAUCAAUUUCUGCAGCAGUUACCUCUCUUUUUGAACCAGUUCAUAUUCUAGGGGCAGUAAACGAUGCAACAACAUCUACAGUACCUUCAACAGAAAGUUGCAUAGGUAGUGAGAUAUCUACAACGGACACUGAACCAAGAACCAUACCAGCGUCAACUUUUGCAGCAGUUACCUCAGUACCUGAACUUGUUCACAUUCUAGGGACCGUAAAUGAUGAAACAACAUCUAAUGUACAUUCACCAGAAAAUUGUACAGAAACGGAAAUAUCUACAAUAGAAAGUGAACCAAAAACCACAUCAGCAUCAACUUCUACUGCAGUUACCCCAGUACCUGAACCAGUUCAUAUUCAAGGGGCAGUAAAUGAUGACACAUCUACAGUACAUUCAACAGAAAGUUGCACAGGUAUUGAGAUAUCUACAGUGGAAAGUGGACCAAGCACGACAUUCCUAUCAAAUUCUGCAGAAACAACCCCACUAACUGAACCAGCUAUUAUUCUAGAUACACCAAAUUAUGAUACAACCUCUGCAGUUCAUUCAGCAGAAAAUUGUAUAGGAACAGACAUAUCUACUAUAGAAAGUGACCCAAAAACGACAUCAGCAUCAAUUUCUGCAGCAGUUACCCCAGUACCUGAACUAGUUCACAUUCUAGGAGCCCUAAAUGAUGAAACAACAUCUAAUAUACAUUCACCAGAAAAUUGUACAGGAACUGAAAUAUCUACAAUGGAAAGUGAACUAAAAACCACAUCAGCAUCAAUUUCUGCUGCAGUUACCCCAGUACCUGAACCAGUUCAUAUUCAAGGGGCAGUUAAUGAUGCACCAACAUCUACAGUACCUUCAACAAAAAGUUACACAGGUAGUGAGAUAUCUUCAACAGAAACUGAACCAAGAACCACAUCAGCUUCAACUUUUGCAGCAGUUACCUCAGUACCUGAUCUAAUUCAUAUUCUAGAGGCAGUAAAUGAUGACACAACAUCUACAGUACAUUCAACAGAAAGUUGCACAGGUAAUGAGAUAUCUACAAUGGACACUGAACCAAGAACCACAUUAGCGUCAACUUUUGCAGCAAUUACCUCAGUACCUAAACUAGUUCACAUUCUAGGGGCCGUAAAUGAUGAAACAACAUAUAAUGUACAUUCCCCAAAAAGUUGUACAGGAACUGAAAUAUCUACAAUGGAAAGUGACCCAAAAACGUCAUCAGCAUCAAUUUCUGCAUCAGUUACCUCAGUACCUGAAGCAGAUAACAUUCUAGGGGCCGUAAAUGAUGAAACAAUAUCUAAUGUGCAUUCACCAGAAAAUUGUACAGGAACUGAAAUAUCUACAAUGGAAAGUGAAACCAAAACCACAUCAGCAUCAAUUUCUGCAGCAGUUACCUCUCUUCCUGUACCAGUUCAUAUUCUAGGGGCAGUAAACGAUGCAACAACAUCUACAGUACCUUCAACAGAAAGUUGCAUAGGUAGUGAGAUAUCUACAACGGACACUGAAUUAAGAACCACAUCAGCGUCAACUUUUGCAGCAGUUACCUCAGUACCUGAACUAGUUCACAUUCUAGGGGCCAUAAAUGAUGACACAACAUCUAAUGUACAUUCACCAGAAAAUUGUACAGGAACUGAAAUAUCUACAAUGGAAAGUGAACUAAAAACAACAUCAGCAUCAAGUUCUGCAGCAGUUACCUCUCUUCCUGAACCAGUUCAUAUUCUAGGGGCAGUAAACGAUGCAACAACAUCUACAGUACCUUCAACAGAAAGUUGCAUAGGUAGUGAGAUAUCUACAACGGACACUGAACCAAGAACCACAUCAGCGUCAACUUUUGCAGCAGUUACCCCAGUACCUGAACCAGUUCAUAUUCAAGGGGCAGUAAAUGAUGACACAUCUACAGUACAUUCAACAGAAAGUUGCACAGGUAUUGAGAUAUCUACAGUGGAAAGUGGACCAAGCACGACAUUCCUAUCAAAUUCUGCAGAAACAACCCCACUAACUGAACCAGCUAUUAUUCUAGAUACACCAAAUUAUGAUACAACCUCUGCAGUUCAUUCAGCAGAAAAUUGUAUAGGAACAGACAUAUCUACUAUAGAAAGUGAGCCAAAAACGACAUCAGCAUCAAUUUUUGCAGCAGUUACCUCAGUACCUGAACCAUUUCAUAAUCUAGGGGCAGUAAAUGAUGAUACAACCGCUUUAGUUCAUUCACCAGAAAAUUGUGCCGGAACUGAAAUAAUUACAAUGGAAAGUGAACCAAAAAUUACGUCAGCAUCAAUUUCUGCUGCAGUUACCCCAGUACCUGAACCAGUUCAUAUUCUAGGGGCAGAACAUGAUGCAACAUCUGCAGUACCUUCAACAGAAAGUUGCACAGGUACUGAGAUAUCUACAACGGACACUGAACCAAGAACCACAUCAGCGUCAACUUUUGCAGCAGUUACCUCAGUACCUGAACCAAUUCAUAUUCUAGGGGCAGUAAAUGAUGACACAAUAUCUACUGUGCAUUCAACAGAACGUUGCACAGGUAUUGAGAUAUCUACAGUGGAAAGUCGACCAAGCACGACAUUCCUAUCAAAUUCUGCAGAAACAACCCCACUAACUGAACCAGCUCUUAUUCUAGAUACACCAAAUUAUGAUACAACCUCUGCAGUUCAUUCAGCAGAAAAUUGUACAGGAACUGACAUAUCUACUAUAGAAAGUGAGCCAAAAACGACAUCAGCAUCAAUUUUUGCAGCAGUUACCUCAGUACCUGAACUAGUUUACAUUCUAGGGGCUGUAAAUGAUGAAACAACAUCUAAUGUACCUUCAACAGAAAAUUGUACAGGAACUGAAAUAUCUACAAUAGAAAGUGAACCAAAAACCACAUCAGCAUCAAUUUCUGCUGCAGUUACCCCAGUACCUGAACCAGUUCAUAUUCAAGGGGCAGUAAAUGAUGACACAUCUACAGUACAUUCAACAGAAAGUUGCACAGGUAUUGAGAUAUCUACAGUGGAAAGUGGACCAAGCACGACAUUCCUAUCAAAUUCUGCAGAAACAACCCCACUAACUCAACCAGCUAUUAUUCUAGAUACACCAAAUUAUGAUACAACCUCUGCAGUUCAUUCAGCAGAAAAUUGUAUAGGAACAGACAUAUCUACUAUAGAAAGUGACCCAAAAACGACAUCAGCAUCAAUUUCUGAAGCAGUUACCUCAGUACCUGAACCAUUUCAUAAUCUAGGGGCAGUAAAUGAUGAUACAACCGCUUUAGUUCAUUCACCAGAAAAUUGUGCAGGAACUGAAAUAAUUACAAUGGAAAGUGAACCAAAAACUACGUCAGCAUCAAUUACGGCUGCAGUUACCCCAGUACCUGAACUAGUUCACAUUCUAGGAGCCCUAAAUGAUGAAACAACAUCUAAUGUACAUUCACCAGAAAAUUGUACAGGAAUUGAAAUAUCUACAAUGGAAAGUGAACUAAAAACCACAUCAGCAUCAAUUUCUGCUGCAGUUACCCCAGUACCUGAACCAGUUCAUAUUCAAGGGGCAGUUAAUGAUGCACCAACAUCUACAGUACCUUUAACAAAAAGUUACACAGGUAGUGAGAUAUCUUCAACAGAAACUGAACCAAGAACCACAUCAGCUUCAACUUUUGCAGCAGUUACCUCAGUACCUGAUCUAAUUCAUAUUCUAGAGGCAGUAAAUGAUGACACAACAUCUACAGUACAUUCAACAGAAAGUUGCAUAGGUAGUGAGAUAUCUACAACGGACACUGAAUUAAGAACCACAUCAGCUUCAACUUUUGCAGCAGUUACCUCAGUACCUGAACUAGUUCACAUUCUAGGGGCCAUAAAUGAUGACACAACAUCUAAUGUACAUUCACCAGAAAAUUGUACAGGAACUGAAAUAUCUACAAUGGGAAGUGAACUAAAAACAACAUCAGCAUCAAGUUCUGCAGCAGUUACCUCUCUUCCUGAACCAGUUCAUAUUCUAGGGGCAGUUAACGAUGCAACAACAUCUACAGUACCUUCAACAGAAAGUUGCAUAGGUAGUGAGAUAUCUACAACGGUCACUGAACCAAGAACCACAUCAGCGUCAACUUUUGCAGCAGUUACCCCAGUACCUGAACCAGUUCAUAUUCAAGGGGCAGUAAAUGAUGACACAUCUACAGUACAUUCAACAGAAAGUUGCACAGGUAUUGAGAUAUCUACAGUGGAAAGUGGACCAAGCACGACAUUCCUAUCAAAUUCUGCAGAAACAACACCAUUAACUACACCAGCUUUUAUUGUAGAUACACCAAAUUAUGAUACAACCUCUGCAGUUCAUUCAGCAGAAAAUUGUACAGGAACUGACAUAUCUACUAUUGAAAGUGACCAAAAAACGACAUCAGCAUCAAUUUCUGCAGCAGUUACGUCAGUACCUGAACUAGUUCACAUUCUAGGGGCUGUAAAUGAUGAAACAACAUCUAAUGUACAUUCACCAGAAAAUUGUACAGGAACUGAAAAUUCUACAAUGAAAAGUGAACCAAAAACCACAUCAGCAUCAAUUUCUGUUGCAGUUACCCCAGUACCUGAACCAGUUCAUAUUCAAGGGGCAGUUAAUGAUGCACCAACAUCUACAGUACCUUCAACAGAAAGUUGUACAGGUAGUGAGAUAUCUUCAACAGAAACUGAACCAAGAACCAAAUCAGCGUCAACUUUUGCAGCAGGUACCUCAGUACCUGAACCAGUUCAUAUUCUAGGGGUAGUAAAUAAUGACACAUCUACAGUACAUCCAACAGAAAGGUGCACAGGUAGUGAGAUACCUACAACGGACACUGAACCAAGAACCACAUCAGCGUCAACUUUUGCAGCAGUUACCCCAGUACCUGAACCAGUUCAUAUUCUAGGGGCAGUAAAUGAUGACACAUCUACAGUACAUUCAACAGAAAGUUGCACAGGUAUUGAGAUAUCUACAGUGGAAAGUGGACCAAGCACGACAUUCCUAUCAAAUUCUGCAGAAACAACCCCACUAACUCAACCAGCUAUUAUUCUAGAUACACCAAAUUAUGAUACAACCUCUGCAGUUCAUUCAGCAGACAAUUGUAUAGGAACAGACAUAUCUACUAUAGAAAGUGAGCCAAAAACGACAUCAGCAUCAAUUUUUGCAGCAGUUACUUCAGUACCUGAACCAUUUCAUAAUCUAGGGGCAGUAAAUGAUGAUAUAACCGCUUUAGUUCAUUCACCAGAAAAUUGUGCCGGAACUGAAAUAAUUACAAUGGAAAGUGAACCAAAAAUUACGUCAGCAUCAAUUUCUGCUGCAGUUACCCCAGUACCUGAACCAGUUCAUAUUCUAGGGUCAGAACAUGAUGCAACAUCUACAGUACCUUCAACAGAAAGUUGCACAGGUACUGAGAUAUCUACAACGGACACUGAACCAAGAACCACAUCAGCGUCAACUUUUGCAGCAGUUACCCCAGUACCUGAACCAAUUCAUAUUCUAGGGGCAAUAAAUGAUGACACAAUAUCUACUGUGCAUUCAACAGAAUGUUGCACAGGUAUUGAGAUAUCUACAGUGGAAACUCGACAAAGCACGACAUUUCUAUCAAAUUCUGCAGAAACAACCCCACUAACUGAACCAGCUCUUAUUCUAGAUACACCAAAUUAUGACACAACCUCUGCAGUUCAUUCAGCAGAAAAUUGUACAGGAACUGACAUAUCUACUAUAGAAAGUGAGCCAAAAACGACAUCAGCAUCAAUUUUUGCAGCAGUUACCUCAGUACCUGAACUAGUUUACAUUCUAGGGGCUGUAAAUGAUGAAACAACAUCUAAUGUACAUUCACCAGAAAAUUGUACAGGAACCGAAAGAUCUACAAUGGAAAGUGAACCAAAAACCACAUCAGCAUCAAUUUCUGCUGCAGUUACCCCAGUACCUGAACCAGUUCAUAUUCUAGGGAUAGUAAAUAAUGACACAUCUACAGUACAUCCAACAGAAAGGUGCACAGGUAGUGAGAUAUCUACAAUGGAAAGUGGACCAAGAACCACAUUCCUAUCAAAUUCUGCAGAAACAACCCCCAUAACUGAACCAGCUAUUAUUCUAGAUACACCAAAUUAUGAUACCACCUCUGCAGUUCAUUCACCAGAAAAUUGUACAGGAACUGACAUAUCUACUAUAGAACGUGACCCAAAAACGACAUCAGCAUCAAUUUCUGCAGCAGUUACCCCAGUACCUGAACUAGUUCACAUUCUAGGAGCCCUAAAUGAUGAAACAACAUCUAAUGUACAUUCACCAGAAAAUUGUACAGGAACUGAAAUAUCUACAAUGGAAAUUUCUGCUGCAGUUACCCAAGUACCUGAACCAGUUCAUAUUCAAGGGGCAGUUAAUGAUGCACCAACAUCUACAGUACCUUCAACAAAAAGUUACACAGGUAGUGAGAUAUCUUCAACAGAAACUGAACCAAGAACCACAUCAGCUUCAACUUUUGCAGCAGUUACCUCAGUACCUGAUCUAAUUCAUAUUCUAGAGGCAGUAAAUGAUGACAUAAUAUCUACAGUACAUUCAACAGAAAGUUGCACAGGUAAUGAGAUAUCUACAAUGGACACUGAACCAAGAACCACAUCAGCGUCAACUUUUGCAGCAAUUACCUCAGUACCUAAACUAGUUCACAUUCUAGGGGCCAUAAAUGAUGAAACAAUAUCUAAUGUGCAUUCACCAGAAAAUUGUACAGGAACUGCAUCAACUUUUGCAGCAGUUACCUCAGUACCUGAACUAGUUCACAUUCUAGGGGCUGUAAAUGAUGACACAACAUCUAAUGUACAUUUACCAGAAAAUUGUACAGGAACUGAAAUAUCUACAAUAGAAAGUGAACCAAAAACCACAUCAGCAUCAAUUUCUGCUGCAGUUACCCCAGUACCUGAACCAGUUCAUAUUCAAGGGGCAGUAAAUGAUGACACAUCUACAGUACAUUCAACAGAAAGUUGCACAGGUAUUGAGAUAUCUACAGUGGAAAGUGGACCAAGCACGACAUUCCUAUCAAAUUCUGCAGAAACAACCCCACUAACUGAACCAGCUAUUAUUCUAGAUACACCAAAUUAUGAUACAACCUCUGCAGUUCAUUCAGCAGAAAAUUGUAUAGGAACAGACAUAUCUACUAUAGAAAGUGACCCAAAAACGACAUCAGCAUCAAUUUCUGAAGCAGUUACCUCAGUACCUGAACCAUUUCAUAAUCUAGGGGCAGUAAAUGAUGAUACAACCGCUUUAGUUCAUUCACCAGAAAAUUGUGCAGGAACUGAAAUAAUUACAAUGGAAAGUGAACCAAAAACUACGUCAGCAUCAAUUUCUGUUGCAGUUACCUCAGUACCUGAACCAGUUCAUAUUCAAGGGGCAGAACAUGAUGCAACAUCUACAGUACCUUCAACAGAAAGUUGCACAGGUACUGAGAUAUCUACAACGGACACUGAACCAAGAACCACAUCAGCGUCAACUUUUGCAGCAGUUACCUCAGUACCUGAACCAAUUCAUAUUCUAGGGGCAGUAAAUGAUGACACAAUAUCUACAGUGCAUUCAACAGAACGUUGCACAGGUAUUGAAAUAUCUACAGUGGAAAGUCGACCAAGCACGACAUUCCUAUCAAAUUCUGCAGAAACAACCCCACUAACUGAACGAGCUCUUAUUCUAGAUACACCAAAUUAUGAUACAACCUCUGCAGUACAUUCACCAGAAAAUUGUACAGGAACUGAAAGAUCUACAAUGGAAAGUGGACCGAAAACCACAUCAGCAUCAAUUUCUGCUGCAGUUACCCCAGUACCUGAACCAGUUCAUAUUCUAGGGGUAGUAAACAAUGACACAUCUACAGUACAUCCAACAGAAAGGUGCACAGGUAGUGAGAUAUCUACAGUGGAAAGUGGACCAAUAACCACAUUCCUAUCAAAUUCUGCAGAAACAACCCCCAUAACUGAACCAGCUAUUAUUCUGGAUCCACCAAAUUAUGAUACCACCUCUGCAGUUCAUUCACCAGAAAAUUGUACAGGAACUGACAUAUCUACUAUAGAACGUGACCAAAAAACGAAAUCAGCAUCAAUUUCUGCAGCAGUUACCCCAGUACCUGAACUAGUUCACAUUCUAGGGGCUCUAAAUGAUGAAACAACAUCUAAUGUACAUUCACCAGAAAAUUGUACAGGAACUGAAAUAUCUACAAUGGAAAGUGAACUAAAAACCACAUCAGCAUCAAUUUCUGACGCAGUUACCCCAGUACCUGAACCAGUUCAUUUUCUAGGGGCAGUAAACGAUGCAAGAACAUCUACAGUACCUUCAACAAAAAGUUACACAGGUAGUGAGAUAUCUUCAACAGAAACUGAACCAAGAACCACAUCAGCGUCAACUUUUGCAGCAGUUACCCCAGUACCUGAACCAGUUCAUAUUCAAGGAGCAGUUAAUGAUGCAUCAACAUCUACAGUACAUUCAACAGAAAGUUACACAGGUAGUGAGAUAUCUUUAACAGAAACUGAACCAAGAACCACAUCAGUGUCAACUUUUGCAGCCUUUACCUCAGUACCUGAACCAAUUCAUAUUCUAGGGGCAGUAAAUGAUGACACAAUAUCUACCGUACAUUCAACAGAAAGUUGCACAGGUAUUGAGAUAUCUACAAUGGAAAGUGGACCAAGCACCACAUUCCUAUCAAAUUCUGCAGAAACAACCCCACUACCUGAACCAGCUCUUAUUCUAGAUACACCAAAUUAUGAUACAACCUCUGCAGUUCAUUCACCAGAAAAUUUUACAGGAACUGAAAUAACUACAAUGGAAAGUGAACCAAAAACGACAUCAGCAUCCAUUUCUGCAGCAGUUACCUCACUUCCUGAACCAGUUCAUAUUCUAGGGGCAGUAAACGAUACAACAACAUCUACAGUACCAUCAACAGAAAGUUGCACAGGUAGUGAGAUACCUACAAGGGAAACUGAACCAAGAACAAUAUCAGCGUCAACUUUUGCAGCAGUUACCUCAGUACUUGAACCAAUUCAUAUUUUAGGGGUAAUAAAUGAUGACACAACAUCUAUAGUACAUUCAACAGAAAGUUGCACAGGUAUUGAAAUAUCUACAAUAGGAAGUAGAACAAGAACCACAUUCCUAUCAAAUUCUGCAGAGACAACUCUACUACCUGAACCAGCUCUUAUUCUAGGGACAGCAAGUGAUGGAACAAAAUCCACAGUACAUUCAAGAGAUAACUGUACAGGAACUGGUAUAUCUACAAAUGAAAGUGAAACACAAACCACAUCAGAAUCAAUUAAUGAAAAAACAAACUCAGUACCUGAAAGAAGCUCUACAGCGUAUCCAAUGGACAAUUGCACCAGUUCUGAAAUUGAACAAAAAAACAUAUCCCCAUCAAAUUCAUCAGAAACAACCCCAAUACCUGAAAUAGCUCUUAUUCUAGGAGCAGCAAAUGAUGCAGCAACCUAUGCAGUACAUUCACCAGAAAAUUGUACAGGAACUGAAAUAUCUUCUUCUACUCAUUCUGUAACAAGACCCACCUCCCCAUCAAAUUAUGCAGAAACAAUCUUAGUAAACAAAAUAAAUAUUGUUCUGGGGGCACCAAAUGAUGCAUCACCCCCUACAGUACACUCCACAGAAAGUAGCACAGCCACCGAUUUUUUAUCUAAAAUGGAAAAUGAACAAAAUAUCACAUCAGCAUUAAUUUCUGCAGACACAACCUCAGUACCUGAAACAAAUAUUAUUCUUAGUGCAGCAAGUAAUGGAUCAAUCUCUACAUUACACUUAACAGAGGGCUGCACAAGUACCGAAUUAUUGACAACGGAAUUUGAAACAAUAACAACAUUCCCAUCAAAUUCUGCAGAAACAACUCCACUACCUGAACCAGGUCUUAUUCUAGGGGCAGGAAAUGAUGAAACAACAUCUACAGUACAUUCAACAGAUAGCUGUACAGGUAGUGAGAUAUCUACAAUGGAAAUUCCUUCAAAUUCUGCAGAAACAACCCCACUAACUGAACCAGCUAUUAUUCUAGAUACACCAAAUUAUGAUACAACCUCUGCAGUUCAUUCACCAGAAAAUUGUACAGGAACUGACAUAUCUACACCAGAAAGCAAAAUAAUGACCACAACGGCAGCAACUACUAUAGAGCCAAUCUCACUACCGGCAACUGCUACUCUUGAAGCAACAAGCAAUGCAACAACCAGCAAGGGACCUCCAAUAUCAUGCAGCAUGAGUGCUGAAUGUUCGGCCACUGACAAUGAAAAAAGUACUGUUUGGUUAGAAACUCCUGCAGUGAUGACUUCGGUAUCUGCAAAUGCUAUUUCUUUUACUGCAUCCAAUGAUGAAUCAACAUCCACAGUAUCUGCAUCAAUGUCUGCGGGAACAACCUCAUUUCCUGAAACAGUUACUAAACUUAAUGCAACAAAUACUAAAACAAACUCUAUAACAUAUUUAUCAGAAAGCUCAACAGCUUCUGAGUUUUCAUCAACCGAAUCUGAAACAAGAACCACAUCUGCAUCAACUUCUGCCGAAACAACCUCACUACCUGAACCAGAUAUUAUUCCAGGGACAGCAAAUGAUGUGGAGAUGAUCUCUCUAAGUAUAAGUGGUAUUACUCUUAGUGCAGCAAGUGAUGAAUCAACCUCCACCGGAACUACAGCAACAUUUAACAAAACUGCUGUUUUUUCUUCCACAGAAAAAGAAACAAGCACUGCAUCCUCAAUAAUGCUUGAAAACAUUUCCUCACUAGUUGCACCUCCUACUAAUUCUGGUUGCAUAACUUAUGCAACAACCCCCACAAAACAUUUUCCAGGAAACUUAACAAAUACUGAGAUUUCUACACUUGAAAGUAUUGAAACAAGUACAACAUCCUUAUCAACUACCUCUGAGCCAAGUACUAUACCUGCAACUACUAUUGGGGCAACUGAUGCAGCCAUCACACUACUUACAACAAGCUACAUAAAUACUGAAUUUUCAAGCUCUGAGACUGAAACAAGUCCCAUAUCAUUAGAAACUCCAGCAGAGAUGGCCUCUCUACCUAUAAGUGUUAUUACACAUAAUGCAGUCAAUGAUGAUUCAAAAUCCACAGAGCCUACAGCAGAAAACUUCACAAGUACUGACAUAUUUAUGCCGGAAAGCGAAAUAAUAACCACAACGGAAGCAACUACUAUACACCCAAGGUCACUACCAGUAACUGCUACUCUUGAAGAAACAAGCGAUGCAACAACCAGCACAGGACCUACAAUAUCAUGUGGCAUGAGUGAUGAAUGUUCCACCAGUGACAGUGAAACAAGUACUGUUUGGUUAGAAAUUCCUGCAGUGACGACCUCAGUACCUGCAAAUGCUAUUUCUUUUACUGUAUCCAAUGAUGAAUCAACAUCCACAGUAUCUGCAUCAACUUCUGCGGGAACAACCUCAUUACCUGAAACAGUUACUAAACUUAGUGCAACAAAUGCUAAAACAAACUCUAUAAUACAUUCAUCAGAAAGCUCAACAGCUUCUGAGUUAUCAUCAACCAAAUCUGAACAAGUACUUUUUUGUUAGAAACUCCAGCAGAGAUGGCCUCUCUACCUAUAAGUGUUAUUACACAUAAUGCAGUCAAUGAUGAUUCAAAAUACACAGAACCUACAACAGAAAUCUGCUCAGCUUUAAGCAACAUCUGAUGCAACAGUCACCACAGGACCUGCAUGAUUGUUGAAUGUUCGGCCAUUGACAAUGAAACAAAUACAAUUUCAUCAGGAACUCUUGCAGUGAUGACCUCAGUAUAAUUUGAAAAAAAAUCAUCAAAUCAAAAAAUGUAAUUUAAAGGCAUUUAAAUCCAGGAUUACAUGAUUCUUCUCAGCAUAAAUUUUCACACAUUCAGUAGUAGGAGUAGGAAAUGUCUUUCUGUAUUAAUGCGAUUAUCAUACAUUUCAAAUGUCUGUUCUAAGUGCUUGUUUAAAUAAUUGACAAAUAAAUCUAUUGUUGUCUGCCCAUAAUUCCUGUUGCUGUUUCUCAACUUGAAAUGGCUUUUAGUAAAUAAAACUUUAUUACUACACAGCUGGAUUUUCAGCUGCUGUCAUAAGAAUGCAUCAACAAUAUCUACAACAGGCACAUUUACUGCAGCCAAACUACUUCAACUGCAACGAUAACUUGGCUAAAACACUUGUUGCCUGGUGCAUUGCACAGUGUGAAUAACAAGACGUAGCACAGUUGCAUUGAUGGACAUAGACAGUUUUUUGAUUUUCCUUUGUAUGCUGUUAAAAUUUGGUGUUAAUUUACGGCAAAUUUUUAACAGUAUAAUACUGUUAUGUUAAAAAUCAGCGCAUUAGUGUUUUUUACGGUUGGUGAAAUGACGUAGACAAAAUUUAACAGCACAUUACCGCAUUUAUUGCACGAAGGCAAGAAAACUGCAGCUAGCACAUGUGGAUUUUCAUCCGCCUUCAUCCUAUGAUUUAGCCGGUGAGUGCACCUUUGCCUUGCUCCUUUUAACUUACACAAAAUACACGUUUGCAAUUGCAAAUAACUGUAAUAAUUGUGGAUGCUUAGGUUGUAAUUGUUUUAUACAUCCAUUUCAGUGCUAAACCAGUCAACGUGCCAACUGCGUCAUAGAGUGGAGCUGGAUUUCUUAUUCAGAUAUUUCCCGAUUACAAGUAGAAAAUGAAUAUGUUAUGUGACUGCCUGUACGGUGGCUGAGAAGUGCAAAACACAUUAACAAAUCCGAAAACACAACGACAAGUCAGACAACCCGGAAACGG